GCCCUGUAAUUUUAGUCGGGUGGGGUGAACCUCCCUCGGCUCUCUAUCUCUCCAGUCUGCGAGAUGCCCAGGCACACUCUGGAGAGGGCGUAAAGGCUCUUCCAACACAGGCAGCACAGCGCGCGCCAGGAGCGUGCACGCCCGGUGAAGAGCCGGGCCCCAUGAGUACCAUUCGUGAGUGCCCCCUCCUGUUUCCCGCCAAACUUAAGGCGGGGCAAGGCUGGUAUUCUGCAGCAACUCGCUUCGGUGAUGAGGGUCCCCCGCCCCCCUUCCUCGUCUCCGCGGAGAUGAGAGCUGACGUGACGUGCGCCAAAAAGGAGAACGCGCCCAAAGCGGUGCACAAGGCGCCUCCCAGGGAGGCUGGGCGGGCGCUGGCCGAGAGAGCGCCCAGCUCGAGGACCUCCUCCACGCCGCGGGUCUGCAAUUGCCACCGAGAGAUGUUCACCCGCGCGGUGAGCAGGCUUAGCAGGAAGCGACCUCCGUCAGAAAUAAAUGACGACAGCAAGCCAAGCAGCAGCCACCAAAGUUUAAUUGGUACCACAAGAUGGGCUACAUCGCUAGAAAAUUUACUGGAGGAUCCAGAAGGCGUCAAGAGAUUUAGGGAGUUUUUAAAGAAGGAAUUUAGUGAAGAAAAUGUUUUAUUCUGGCUAGCAUGUGAAGAGUUGAAGAAGAUACAAGAUAAGAAACAGAUGCAGACAAAGGCAAAUGAAAUUUACAUGACUUUCCUGUCAAGUAAAGCUUCUUUCCAAGUCAACGUUGAAGGGCAAUCCCGUUUGGAUGAGUCAAUAUUGGAAGAACCUCACCCUCUAAUGUUUCAGAAACUUCAAAACCAGAUCUUCAACCUCAUGAAGUAUGAUAGCUACAGCCGCUUCUUAAAGUCAGAUGCAUUUCUUAAACUGAAGCAGACCGAAGAACAGGAAGAGAAUUCACCAGAUGCUCAAACUGUAGCAAAAAGAGCUUCUAGAAUUUACAACACAUGAUCCAAACAACAACAAACAAUAGAUCCCACUGAGACUAAUGAAAAGCAAAUGAGUUCUCAGGAAUAGUCUGUGAGGUUAACACAAUUGCAUUUCGAGCUUGAAAAAUAUAAGAACCCUGUUUUGCAAUGCUUAACCUUUGCUUGAAUGACCUGAUUGUUUUUGCAUAGUGGCUAUCAAAUCCCUUGGCCAAAACAGUUCUACUAAACUAAAAGGCUGAAGGACUCACGAGUCAUCUGCAAAGAGAAGAUUAGAUCACCUUUAUCUUCUGUUUUUUAUACCUUUCCUUGUGAAUCAUUGGGAGGAAAUGUAGCAUAAAAUUGUGACAAGUUUAAAAACAGAGGUAGUAUAAGAUAAAGGCAGUAUAUUUUUGAAAUCCUCUUAGAGCCUGGUCUGAAUAGACUUUCCACAAAUACACAUUUUUCAAGCUUUAACUGCUAUUUAACAGGUUUGAAUUUUGCAUUCUUGAUGUUCACCGCCCAGAGAGCUAUUGCUAGUCGGGCGGUAUAUAAAUUUAAUAAAUAAUAAUAAUAAAAUAAUAAUAAUGAUAAAACUGAACCAAAAGAAAAGGAGCUGAAAUAUUUUCCUGUUAGUGACAAGAACAGAGAAACCUCAGUUAAGGAAAGGAAAACACAAAGGCAGUGGACUACUCAUUUGAGGCACUAGUUUUAAACCACACAUACCUUUUUCCUAGAGCUAAUCAAAAUAAUUGCAAAAAUAAUUAUUUCUUCUCUUUGUAAUAAAACACGCCUGCUGCUUUCAGAAUGGCUUUUGUAGGCUUUUCAGUUGCUUGGUUUAAAAUAUAUUUGUGCUGGGGAAAGAUUACCAAAUUUCUGCUGCUAACCAUUAUUUUUCAUGGUUCUUGUCUUUCUUCCCUUUCUUUGUUUUGAAACUGAGAUUCUCUAACAGUGACUUUCAAGAGUGUUACCAAUUUUGUUUUUGGGGAAGCGAAGGCUUUCUUGACAUGUUAACAGUAGGUUUUUUUAUCAAACGACAAAUAAUAGCUAGCAUUUUGCUAUAACAAACCUAUACCACAAAUUACAGAAGAUCUUUUUUUCUACACUUAAAAUGCACUCACACUUGGAGAUUUACAAAGAUGCAGUCUCAUGCAAUAAUCUACCCAGAAGGAUGAAAUGCACAGCUAGUGCCGCACCCAGCAAAUGUGUUUCCAACUCAACAGCAAGCAUGAACAAGCUUUUAAGCCUUCUGUUCUCAUUCAAAGGAAUUCUGUCUCAGUUGCCAAGACUUUUUUCUUUUCUUUUUUACAGCCAUUCUAACCAGAUUUUAUUUUCACCUGCUUUUGUACUAAACUGAUUUAUAUAUUCUGCAGCAGGGCACUCCCUCAGCAGUCAAAACAAUGCAUCCCUAAGUUGUAGGCCCAGUUUGUGCAUCACAUUAAGUCAUAGUUUAACACAAGCUAUGGUUUAAUGUGAUUAUGUUAAAAGUUCCCAAGGUGCUUCUGUCCUGGUUCUGCUGUGCCAUCUGAUCCUGGGCGCAUAGUUUGUUUUCCAACAAACAAAACACAAGCAGUAAGCCAAGAACAAAGCUUAGUUACUGCUUGUGGUUUGUUUGGGUAGAAACAAACCAUGAGCCUGGGUUCAUACGACAUGACUGCCAUUUUUUGUCUAUGGCAUGGUAAGAGCAGGGAAGGAGCACCAUGGAAACUUUUGAGUAGUGUGCACCAGCAUGCUGUUCAUUCACAUUAACCGUUUGUUUUAAACUAUGGUUUAAUGUGGCAUGUGAAAGAGCCUGCAGGUUUGAUUCAUAUUGGAUUUGACUCUUAACAAUUUCUCACUAAGCCCUGUUUGGAUUUGCAAUUCCUGCCAAGCUUAUCUGCAGUUAGAGAACAAGUAUAACAAAUUUUGGAGGGGUCAACUGUCGUCCCUUGGGCUGCUUAAGGAAGGGCUUUGUGGUCCUGGGGAAAGCAGAGGACAAGGAGCUUCCACUGUUUGCUCUUGAAGAAACCACCAGUCAACCUGAGAGAAGUCUGAUGUGUUAUACUUUACACCAUUUAUUUGUUUAGUAUUUUAAAACUGUAAACCUCCUUGAGGACCUUGGCAAAAAGAUGGUGUAUAAAUGCAAUAAAUAAAUAAUCCAGUGUAAUA